AUGGAUCUCGACGCGCUGCUGACCCUCCGCCGUAGCCCGUCGCCUUUGACCGACCUCGAGGACGACGAACACGACGACGACACCGCCAAUGAACGCCCCCGCAAGCGAGCGCGCAAGGGCGGCGCUCCCGACGAGGCCCCGAAGCGAGGACGCCUGGCCGGCAAACUCAGCCUUUUACCGACUAUGCCGCUUGACAUUUUGCUCGAAAUUGUAGCCUAUCUACCUCCUGGGGAUCUACUGCAACUCGCGCGCACGACCAAAGCUUUCCGCGCCCUUCUGCUUUCGCGCUCUCGUGCCGCGCUCUGGCGGCGCGCAUACCAUCUCGUCGCGCCCUGUCCGCCCGCUCCGAAAUGGAUGAGCGAACCGGCCUGGGCGCACCUCGUCUUCGGCGGUAAUUUUUGUCACAUGUGCGGUGCCCGCCCGGUCCGCGUGCACCCCGCCCUCCUCAAGCGCGUGUGUAGGGCCUGUCUUAACGCCCAUCUUCUCACCAGGAGUGAAGCCAAGGAGGCCUACGUCUUCUGUCUCGAUUACCUUUUUGCCGACCUAGUCAGUACGGUCGAGUCAAAGCUCGGCGGUCAGCGCUCGCGUCCAGCCACGUACUACUGGACUGCGGACGUCGCGCGCGUGCAUGUACGCGUCCGCGAGAUCCUCGAGCGCGAAUUCCACGAGAGGGAGGAUCACGGUCUGGAGGAGGACGACGAUGACGCGAUAGUCUCUUCCAAGGCACAGGCUGCUUUGGACAAGCUAAAGGAGAGCAUCCGCCAACGCACAGCCGCGCACAAAAAACAUGCGAACAAAUUCAGCAAAUGGCAGGCUCAAGUCGACAAAGCGCGAACACGGAUCCUAGAGAGCAACAAAAGCACCCGGCGCGAUGAGAUCAACAAGCGUCUAUUAGAUCUGGGCUACGCCAGGGCGGACGUCGACGCGCUAGAUCAGCACCGGGAAGUCAGGGCCGAACAGCCGCUCACACAGCGUGUGUGGAAACGCGUACUGCCUCUGCUGGUGGAAGAGCUCGCGCGGGUCAAAACUGAACGCCUCGAGCGCGAGAGACUCGCGAGAGUCGAAGACCGCAAGCAUGCUGUCACCAGGGUCUACGACGCUUGGCUGUGCACCCUUCCACCCGAGGCAAUCCCGGUUGCGCCCAGUCAAAAGGACGUGUUCGAGUUGCCGGAAUUUGCGAAGUUCAUCGAGGAGGAGCAGAUGAUACCCGCGGACGAUGUCAAAUUCCCGCAGGCGAUAUUCGAUUCGGCUAUACCUCGACUUCGCGAGCUCAUCAUAGCGUCGGGACACAAGCGCCAUGCCGACGUCCUGAGCAAACGCAAUCAGAGUAUCUUCACCGCCGCACCAUCCGCUUCCGCUCCCGCCGCCUCAUCGCCCUCCAAGCCCGUGCAAAUCUCUCACCGUUUCAACUCCGCCACGACGGCUUACAAGGGUGGAUACAGUACCCUUUACUUCGGCCCUGAGGUGCUUCAAUUUGUGCAACCGCGCUGGCCGCCUGAGCCUGUCAAAGCGAACUUCGACGCCCGUGCAUUCGGCGCUGUCGCACUCUUGUGCGAUAUGCUUGGUCUCGACCCAACAAUCACUACUCCCGCCGAUCUUGACGCGUUAGACCCGGCGCUCGUGUGCACCGUGUGCCCCCUUUUGCAACGUCGCAUGGCACCGCACCUCCAAGGCCGUCUCGUGUGCGGUUGGCGCGAAUACGCCGCGCAUCGUACAACAGACCACGAGCCGCGAUGGCGCGUGCUGAACGCGCAGGAACGCGACGCGUGCGGGUGGACUGCUGCCGGGUCGAAUGGAGGCGCGGAGAACGAGGGGUGGGUGUGCGACCGUUGUGCAUAUUUCCAUGCUCGGAUCGGGAUUGAAGGGACUGGCGUUACACGCGAAAGGCUGUCGCAGCGCUGGUACUUCGCAUCUUUUAGAAGAUGGGGGAAGAUUGACGAGGUGAAGGCGCAUAUGCGGGAGAAGCACGGGGUGGCGGAAGGAGAUGAGAUGACGGGAAUGAGGCAGUUGAUGCUUGUUAAGCAUCAGGCGAGAGCGAGGGAGAGCGUGUUGUGGUCUGAGCAGCAACAGGCUACUCAGGCAGAGGUAGUGGACGACGACGCGAUUCCAGACACGGAUGUCAUGCCAGUACAAGGCAUUCCCAACGGGGAGCCUGUGGCAGAGGCUACGACCAGCGUGUCGUCUGGUACUCCUAUGGAAGCAUGA